AUGUCCGAAUACAUGACCGAGAUGGGCCGUAUCCGACACUCCAGCUCUACCGGCCUACGUCCAGUCAACCAGCGCAAAGUCGCGAAAGCGAUCCGAAGAGCGAUCGCGUUGGGCUUGAUGCCCAGCGUCCAUCGACAUCCGGAGUAUAUCAAGAGCGAGAUGGAAGGAAAGAGAACGAGUUCUGGCAGAGUCUUCGCGUCGUAG